CUUACUCUCACUGCUAAACUAAGUUCAUUCAUACACGUUCAACUAUUUUCUCUCUCUUCACUUUCUCUCUCUACAAAACCAGAGAUGAUGUGAGAGAGAGCGAAGAAGAAGAACACCACCACCAUAAACCACAAUGCUUCGAUUUCUUCUGCUACGGAUGUUCUUACUCUGCUUUGCUUCUUCUCUGGCGAGUUCAGCUCAACGAGGACCAUUUGCUAUGCGCAUAAGUUGCGGGGCUCGUCAAAAUGUACAAACGAAACCAACAACUACCCUAUGGUAUAAAGACUUUGGAUAUACAGGAGGCAUACCUGCAAAUGCAUCUAAAACAAGUUACAUUACACCUCCUCUUAAAACUCUUCGCUAUUUCCCCUUGUCUGAAGGUCCUUCAAAUUGCUACAAGAUUUCUAAAGUGCCAAAGGGGCACUACACAGUGAGGAUAUUUUUUGGACUUGUUGCUCAAGCUAGAGCUACCAAUGAACCUCUAUUUGACAUAUCCAUUCAAGGCACUCAAAUAUAUUCUUUGAAACCAGGUUGGACCACUCAGGAUGAUCAAGCAUUUACUGAAGCCCGGGUGUUUCUUAUGGACCAUACUGUCUCGAUCUGUUUCCACAGCACUGGUCAUGGGGAUCCAGCUAUCCUUUCAAUUGAGAUUCUUCAGAUUGAUAAUAAAGCUUAUUAUUUUGAACCAAACUGGAGUCAAGAGAUAAUACUUAGAACAGUUAAAAGACUGAGUUGUGGCUUUGGGCAGUCAAAAUUUGGUGUGGAUUAUGGUGCGGAUCCUUUAGGAGGGGACAGAUUUUGGCAGCAUAUUAAAACUUUUGGUCAGGAUUCUGAUCAACCAAGAUCCGUUGAAACUAGAAUUAAAGAAGCUUCACAUCCACCAAACUUUUAUCCAGAAACUCUUUAUCGAUCAGCACUUGUUAGUACUAGUAGCCAGCCUGAUUUAACAUAUAUAUUGGAGGUGGAGCCCAACAAAAACUACUCUGUUUGGUUACAUUUUGCUGAGAUUGAUAAUUCAGUGUCUUCCAAAGGUCAAAGGGUCUUUGACAUUAUGGUUAAUGGUAACGUUGAGUUUAAAAAUGUUGACAUUGUAAAAUUGAGUGGGGAUCGAUAUACUGCCCUUGUGCUUAAUAAAACUGUUACUGUUAGCGGGAGAUCUUUAACAAUAACUUUGAGCCCAAAAGAAGGUAGUCUUGCCAUAAUCACUGCCAUUGAGAUAUUGGAGGUUAUAUUGCCCGAGUCAAAAACAUUAUCAGAUGAAGUUAUGGCUUUACAAACAUUGAAGAAGGCUUUGGGACUUCCUCCCAGAUUUGGGUGGAAUGGUGAUCCAUGUGUUCCUCAACAACAUCCAUGGACUGGAGUGGAUUGCCAAUUAAACAAAAGUCGCGGCAAUUGGGUCAUUGAUGGACUUGGUCUUGACAAUCAAGGUCUGAAAGGUUUCUUGCCAAAAGACAUUUCCAGACUGCAUAAUCUACAAAACCUGAACUUGAGUGGAAACAACAUUGGUGGAGCUAUUCCAUCUUCACUUGGAACAGUAACUACCUUGAAAGUGCUUGACCUGUCAUACAACAUUUUCAAUGGAUCAAUUCCCGAAAGCAUGGGACAAUUGACGUCGUUAAAGAUAUUGAACCUUAAUGGCAACUUUCUGUCCGGAAUGGUCCCAGCAACUCUAGGAGCAAGGCUUUUGCACAGAGCUAGCUUCAAUUUUACAGAUAAUUCAGGUCUGUGUGGUAUACCCGGAUUACCUACAUGCGGACCUCAUCUUUCUGCCGGUGCUAAAGUUGGUAUUGGAAUAGGUGCUUUUAUUACUUUUCUGUUUCUGAUUACCUGCUCAGUUUGCUGGUGGAAAAGGCGGCAAAAUAUCAUCCGGGCUCAGCAAAUUACAGCGAGAGCAGCACCAUAUGCAAAAAAAAGAACCCAUUUUUCACGCGACAUUCAGAUGACGAGGCAUAAUAAUUAUGGCAAUGCUCACACGGCUGUGGAGAAUGGACCUAUCUUGCUUGGAGGAUAGCAUUAGCAUCCCAUUUAUUCUGGGUAUUUUGAUCUUCUGAUGGAUGCACUCCAUCACCUGCUUCUCCAAACAUUGACAGUUUCUUGAGCCGAUUGAAUCACCUUCUUACAGGCUGAGAAUCAGAAUCCUACUAAUUUGUAAAUCACAGAGUUUUGUACAUUACCACGAUUACGUUUUUUAUUUCUUAUUCUACGCUUGAACUUCUAUACCUUUUUUAGUCUGCUGAUAGAAUAUUUGUAACAGUUUCAAAAUUGAAAUGUAAACAGAAAUCAUAAUAUUUUGUGGAAGAUAUGAGGGCUACUUUACAUAACAGCUUCCCUUGUUCUUUCAUUUAUAUAA